AUGUAAUAAAGAAAAUUCGUAAAGGAUUAUUAAUAAUUCGAUGGUUUUGAUAAAGUCGGAAUAAACUUUCUUCCUUGUACAAUUAGUAAAGGUGGAGAGUGUCCAAGCGAAUAAUAUUUUAAACCUUAAGACGACAAGGUAGUCAUUCAUGGAAGAGAAUUAACUAAACAUGUUAUUGUACCGCCAAAACCAUUAUACGUAUUUUAAUAACAAAAGGAUGGUACAAGAGUAAUAAAAGGGGAAUUUAAAGAAGUUAAUAAGUGGAUAUUUUAUGGGAAUACUCAACAUGCUGAGCAAAUGUUUUAGUUCCCAAAUCUUAUGGAAGUUCUUCACCAACCAGUAAAAUGA